AUGAAUACUGUAAAAUAUUCAAACUUGACACCACUAUUAAAGACUAACAAAAAUAUAGUGUUGAUGGGAAGCAAAAGAAAAUGGCUUGGCCACCAGAAUGGAAUGCUAGAAACCAACUUUCAGUGUAUACAAAUAAUUAAGAGCACAUUUAAUUCCCUUUCUUAUGUUUUAAUAAAAAAAAUGACUACAAAAGAACAUUUUCAGGCUAUGGGCAGAAGAAGUAAAUUUUGUGGAAGUCAAAUAAGUUCUAUUACUCGCAAUAAACUAUACAUUGUGUCUGAUUACUCGAAAACAUACCACUUAAUUGUAAUAAGAUUUAUAAGUUCAAUAAAAAUAUAUAGAAAUGUCAGAUACAAAAGAAGCAAACUGCUGAUAUGUGACUUUCAAAAAGAACAAUAUCCACCAGAAACCAUAAUUACAAAUCAAACUGUGUUUGGACAUGAUUCAACGAGUAAAUUAUUUUAUCUUUUCAAAAUAAUACAUUUUUAUGAAAUAGUUUGUAAUGCUUCUAGAAAAAGUUAUAUGAUCAAUGUGACAUUAGUUUCAGAUGUCUACAAAUUUUAA